UGUGAAUUUAAGGGGCUUGUUAGAAGUGCAACAUUUCAGUAUAUUGUUAUUCGUUUUAGCUCUGUAAUUAUCAAAUCGCUAUAUUUUAGCUGUUUUGAAAAUCAACAACACCGUGUCAACUAAAUAUAAAAGUGUGUUUCCACUCAGAUUUGUGAAGCACCGUUAUGGAGGCAAAUACUGGAUUUACUAUUGUUGACCCGGAGCAACCUGUGACCAAAACGGUAACGUUCAUGCUUCGCAAACCCGUUAGGAGGGGCAAGGUAAAAUCCACCGCCAUAACCCAAAUUGUUUGUGGCUCUUGUUGCCUCUGUACGGGAAUCUGGCUACUUAUACAAACUUUAAAUCUUGAUCGUUUUGUAAACUACGCUCUAAUUACUUUAAGUGCAUGUCUGUACAUUCCAUCUGGAGUAAUCGGUCUGCUAGCAGCCUCCAACAAUAACAUAUCCACAGUGGUGUCUUAUCAGACGAUGUCCUUAUUCAGUUGUAUCGCCUCUGCUUUACAGACAGUACGCCUUUUUGUUAUAUGCGUUAUAACUUUAUUCUAUAUAGAUUCAUAUAUUGUGGCGCUCUUCUCCACUUUAUCUAUAUGUAUUGCUGCUGGCAAAGCAACACACUCAGUACAAACAUCAACUGGCUGCUGUUGCGCAGAGAAUACCACGCAAUCAGAGCCGGUUGUGAUGACGAGUAACGCACUGAACAGCGUAGCUCCGUUGCCGCAGCAACAACGGUUCACGGUGCAGCACGGAAUGAAUGCUGUACCACCACCAGUUCAACAACCAAAUCCCUAUCCCGUAGCUCCGUUGCCGCAGCAAAAAGCGUUCACUGUGCAGCACGGAAUGAAUGCCGUACCACCAACAGUUCAACAACCAAAUCCCUAUCCCGUAGCUCCGUUGCCGCAGCAACAACGGUUCACGGUGCAGCACGGAAUGAAUGCUGUACCACCACCAGUUCAACAACCAAAUCCCUAUCCCGUAGCUCCGUUGCCGCCGCAAAAAGCGUUCACUGUGCAGCACGGAAUGAAUGCCGGACCACAUCCUAAUAGAUUGAACACAAUUUCAUAUUUCAACUGAUGCACUUUUUGGUACAAGAGACGUUUUUGAAAUGAUUAUUGAGAAAAUUAUUGUUCCGAUUACUCUAUAUGGAUGCAAAAUAAAAUUAUUUAACAUUGUAAAUAAUUGCAUCCAUUGGAUAUUGAAUUUGAUCAAUAUAUAUAUAUAUAUAUAUAUAUAUAUAUAUAUAGGCCUAUAGGGCCUAUAAUUAUACUAUUGCAUAAUUGUUAUUGUUACUGUCAAUUAUUCAUUCCGAUGCUCAUGAUUUCAUGUAUUUUGAUGUGUAUUGAUGUUUUGCUUUUUUAUAUACUCUCCAUUUUGGAGGCAAUCUUGAAUAAAUUGAAAUUGAAAAUAAGGAACACAGUGAGCAUAGAUUUGUUUAAAAAAGUCGAAGAAAUUUAAUGUAAUCAGCUUAUAUGCCUGUUUAAUGUUAAUUUGUGAAUUGUUAAUUUGUGAAUUGUUAAUUUGUGAAUUGUUAAUUUUGUGAAUUGUUAAUUUGUAAAUUGUUAAUUUGUGAAUUGUUAAUUUGUGAAUUGUUAAUGUAGAACUCAAACGGAAAUUAAAUAAUGCACUUUUCCGCUAAGCCCCUCCCCUUGGAUAUUGUUGCUAAGGUCCCAGAAAUUGAUAGUGUAAAACAUACGCAAACACGUGCGUUUGUGAGACAAUACAUGUGUUUGCAGAACACGUGCGUAUUCCUGGCACUGUCUGAUUGGUCAGUUGUUAAGUUUGAUUGACACUCCGGAAAGGUACAUUGUUGUUGAGGGGGUGUCCUCGAUAAGAUGUUUUUAUGAUCAUAUAAUAUGUAUGGGAAUUAUCUCUGUUUGCAAUUAUUUUAAUAUAUUGUAAAUGAUGUUAACAAUUAUCCAGGUACAUUGGUGACACUGAUAAUGGUUAUGAUUGUUAUAUUUAGUUGUUAUUUUUGUUAUUAUUAUUGCGGUUUUAUGUCCUUGUUGGUUGUUAUGAUUACUGUUAUUGUAUUGAUCACGUUAUUGUCAUUAUUUUGAUGAUGAAUGAUGGUUAAAAUGACAAUUACUGUAGCUUUAUUUAAGAUAGAAAUAGUAUUGAUGGCAAUAAUGGUGAUAAUUAUAGCGAUUGAGAUUGUUAUAAUAAUUAUGGUACUAAAUGUUUAUGAUAAUAAUGAUCACCUAAUGAUGAUAACAAUAGUAAUAAUGAUUUUAAUAAUAGUGAUGAUAAUAAUAAUAAUGAUGGUAAUAAUAAUAAUAAUAGUAAUAAUAUGACCACUUUGAACUAAUUUGUGCAAUACUUUGCCUGCCGAGUAGUAGUUUGUUCCGCUGUUUCCUUAUUCUCUUUUUUAUUUGUUGGUUGUGUGUCCCUAUUGCGUUUCCUGGUUGAUUUUUAAACUGUUACUGCCCAUUUCAUUUGUUGUGAAACCUUUUUUUUGUGUUUUGAUAUUUAAAUUGAGUAUUAAAAAGAAUAUAAUGAAUUCAAUGUUAAUAAUAAUAUUUUUUAAUGAUAAUAAUGAAUUUAAUGUUUAAUAAUUAUAUUAGUUAUACAUUUUUAUUGAUUUUUAUUGUGUUUUAUUUAGGUGUUUGCCUGUCUCCGAUGCUUUGUUUUAACCGGUUGUUUUAUCCCCAAUUGCUUUUAGUGCCUUUUAUCCCUUUUAAUGUUAUUGUAUAAUGGUUGUCCUCCACUUUUCCCCAUUGUCCCUCGUGUUUUAAUUGUAUUCGAGAUUUUAUUUUCUGUUGAUUUUUAUUUGGUAAUUUUUAAUGUUCAACUUCAAUUUGUACUGUAUUUGAUCAAAUUGGAAUAAAGUAUUAUCGUAUUACAAUAAACUGGUCGGGGAUUUUUUCUUAUCUCUUAACAUUUUGUUUAUGUUAAUUUUUUUUAUCACUCUGUCUUUUCUUGUUUAACACGUAUUAAAGGUAAUAUCGUUACCUUACUGUUUUAUAGCUCUUAGUUAUUGUAACUGUUAUUUAACUCGUUUUACUCAUGAUUUUGGUCAAGUGAAUGAAUGAAUAAAUGAAUAAGGCUGCUUA